AUGUCGCUUUUAAUGUGUGGUAUAUGCUACAGCAGUGGGUCAUAUAAUAUAUUAACUGUUAAGCCUGGAGGAUCUGUCACCAUCCCAUGUUAUUAUGAGAGGGAAUACAAACAUCAGAAGAAAUACUGGCAUUCAGAAAUUGAUAUGUCCAAUACAUACACAAACACAACAGAGGAGAAUCUGUCAGUAAUUGAUCAUCCUGAUCAGAGUCUCUUUACUGUGACUAUGAGAAACCUGCAGAGCACAAAACAUGAUGGACACUAUUAUUGUACUAUGAAGAUUGAAGGAAAAGCAAUUGUCACAUAUGGUCUUUAUCUCCAGGUUCAAUCUGAACCAGAUGUGUCUGUGGUGAGCAGCGGUGUAUCUGGACAUGAAGGUGGUGAUAUCAGUGUUCAGUGUUUCUAUAGUUCUGGAUAUCAGGAUAAACUCAAACAGUGGUGCAGAUAUGAAGAUAAGAGCUGUUACACUGUGGGGAGGACUAACACAUCCCAGAAUUCAUCAGUCCAGAUCAGUGAUGAUGGAAGAAGAUCCUUCACUGUGCUGAUGACUGGACUGAGACUGACUGAUUCUGGCUGGUACUACUGUUCUGCUGGAGAGAAACUGAAUCCUGUUCAUUUUACUGUAAUCAAGGCAGAACCAGACAAAGAGAAAGACACAAAUAAUGAACUCCUGACUGUGUGGCUUCUGGUUUCAGCUGUACUUCUGCUGUUAUUGAUUCUGAUCAGUGUAUUGAUUCUCUUCACCUGGAGAUUGAGACGGAGACCCGAGCAAGACAAACAGCAAAUCAGAGAGAUAAAGGGCUGCAGAACCACUGACAUGAUCUACUCUAAACCUGAAGAUCCUCCGAUAUACAGCACUAUAAAUGAUGAAAACCCAAAUGAUGCCAACAAGGUAAUAAUCUACUACAGUACUAUUGAUGAUGUUCCUGUGAGUGAAGCGGUGAAGCCUCCAGCAGGUGGAGCAAUAUACAGCACUGUGGCUCCACACUGACUACAACAGUGAGAAGAACACAGGAACAGAACCUUCUGACCAAAAGAAACAAAAUCAGCAGCAGAGGACUA